GAUCCUUAACAGGAACCUUUCUUCCAUUCCACCAGUUGUUUAGUGACACUCGUGGAAUUGGAUUGGCCCUUUCACGCUUGCAACAUGUGAUCAAAAGACAAGCAGCAAGUACUUGUUAGGGCAAUGGAAUAGGACCCAUGUAGAAAGUUGAGAGCUACUCUCGUCUGUCUGGUAAUAGAUCUUUGCUGGCGAGAGCAGACCAUAUUCAUUGCUUCUGUUUUUCGACGAGAUAGGGACAGCAGAAAGGGAAGGGCCAUGCAUAAGAAAUGGUGGACUACAUUUUUUUUGCCUUCCUUUUUAUCGCGGUAGAGAACCUGGAUACGAUUGAGCUCUAUUCUCAAGCGUUGGUUAGUGUGUGGCUCUCUUUUCUUAUCCCUAUCCACAAUACCCUGAUGAUAUAAACCCCUUCUGUUAUAUAUUGCACCCGUUCUGUCUCUCCUCCUCUUCUAUUAGUCUUCAAGUUUCUCCAUAAAAAGGUAAAAUGUCAGACCAGGAAAACGGUUUGCAGGAGGACCCGCAAUGGCUAGAGCUCAAGCUCCCACGUUUGCUGUAUACCGAUACAGUUCAGGGACUCCACGCAACAAUCCAAAGUGAGUGGGACUCUCUCCGACGGUCGGCAUGCCAAACAGCAGCUGGAAGAGCCCUGUGGAAACAUGUGAUCCAUGACCCUUUUGCAGACUUGCUAGCAGGAGAGACAUAUCUCAAAAGCUUUCAUGAGAAGAUAAAGAAUGACCGCCUAAAAAAUGCUCGGGAAACUUCAGGGGUGAUUCUUGCAGUUCGGACACUCUGGUUUGAUUCGAAAAUUGAAGCUGCUCUGAGCUCCUUUAAUGGUGAGGGACAGGUUGUUCUCCUUGGCGCAGGAAUGGAUGCAAGGGCAUACCGUCUAAGCUGCUUGAAGGAAAGUGACGUCUUUGAGGUUGAUUUUCCUGAAGUUUUAGAGGUGAAGACCACUCUUCUAAAGGCUGCGACGGAAACAAUAGAUGAACACCUGCAUCCAAGAAUAACAGCAAAAUCCCUAAAUAGAGUAGCAGCUGACAUUAGAAAUAAUGACUGGCUUGAAAAGCUUCAGAUAUCAGGGUUUGUGCCAGAGAAGAACACAGUCUGGGUACUAGAAGGUAUCCUCUACUACCUCUCCCAUUCCCACGCCAUGCAAGUACUAAGUAUCAUAGCUGAUAAAUGUGCACUUGCCCGCACAGUGCUCUUGGCGGAUUUCAUGAACAAACCAUCCACCACACUGUCAAAUUCCAUCUUCCACUUCUACAGUGAUUGGCCCGAUCAUCUACUUCCCUCUCUAGGAUUCUCUCACGUAAAGCUUUCACAGCUUGGUGAUCCUGAUGCUCAUUUUGGACUCAUGAACGACCCUUUGAAUCUGUUCAACAAGCUUCGCAGCUUGCCCAGGUCAGUGCAAACCCACCCGGAUGAUGGAACACCAUGCUGUCGCUUAUAUUUGGUAGAGGCUUCUGGUUUGCCCAGUCAAAGUAACCAAUAGAUACAGUCUGGUCAUGAUGUAGGAAUUAUAGGUGCCCGCCACAUCUGAUUGUAAGAGAAUAUGUAACCCACCAUUGCUUUUAGUGUUGCCUGCGGAAUACAAAAAUGCAUUUGAAGUA